AUGCUGAACGUGAUCAACAUACUGAACGUGAUCGGCAUGCUGAACGUGAUCAACAUACUGAAUGUGAUCAACAUACUGAACAUGAUCUACGUACUGAACGUGAUCUACGUACUGAAUGUGAUCGGCAUACUGAACGUGAUCUACGUACUUAACGUGAUCUACAUACUGAACAUGAUCAACAAACUGAACGUGAUCUACGUACUGAACAUGAUCAACAUACUGAACGUGAUCUACAUACUGAACGUGAUCAACAAACUGAACGUGAUCUACGUACUGAACAUGAUCAACAUACUGAACGUGAUCUACAUACUAAACGUGAUCAACAUACUGAACGUGAUCGGCAUGCUGAACGUGAUCAACAUACCGAACAUGAUCAACAUACUGAACAUGAUCAACAUACCGAAGUGA